AUGCAAGACGACCCGUCCUUGCCAGUUCUCUCCACCUCCGGACUCAAGUGGCUUGGAGUCGGAAUCUCGGGCAUGGUAUAUCCUCUUGAUGAGCAAACUGUCGUAAAGAUCGCUCCCAAGUGCGACAAUGACUACGCCUCCAACGAAAGCCUUCAGGACCUCCAGAUCGAGAGAUCCGUGUAUCGACACCUGGGAUCCCAUCCCCGAAUAUGCCGCUUCAUCUCCUCGGUCCAACGAGGAAUUGUUUUGGAGAGGUUCGGUGAGCCGCUCCGAAAACAUCUACUAGAGCUUCACAAGCAGAGGAAGACUCCGUCGCGCAAUCAAGCUCUCAAGUGGUCUAUUCAAGUCGCAGAGGGUGUGGCAUAUCUCCACCAGAAGAACAUCAUGCAAGGAGACAUCGGCUGUCACAACAUCCUUCUCAAAGACGACGAGAUCAAGUUGUGCGACUUUGGGGGCUCCUCAAUUGACGGAAAGCCAGCUGAAGUUGGGUACGAAUGUCGAUCUCAACGUUGGGACGACACUCAUGAGAACCCAUCCAUUCAAAACGAACUGUUCGCCCUUGGUUCAACCAUCUAUGAAAUCUGGACGACAACGCGGCCUUACCAAGACGAACCCGACGAGAAGGUCGAGCAGAAUUACAAAUGCCAAUGCUUUCCAGACGUCCAAACCCUUCCGGUUGCCAAAGUCAUCCAAAAUUGCUGGCAUGGCACUUAUCAUUCUGCGAACGAGGUCGUUGCAGCCCUGGAAUCCCUUCAGCCCGAACGAAUGAGGCCAUACGAAUCCACCGAUGCUAACAAUCGAACCAUGCUGGCCACUUUCGCCAGCAUCAUCACUGUCUUCAUUCUAGCAGCAUGGUUCGAGCCAGGUGAAGUUGUAGCCACCAUGCGAAACAGUUGGUUUUAG